GGUGGCUACACUUUUAUCCCUCCUCCCUUAGCAAACCUCAGGGCAGCCCUGCCCGAGCGAUCGCUGUUUAGUUCAGGCACGAUCCCCCACCCCUUGGUGUCUCCUCUUAGGGAGGGUUAAUUUCCCCGUGUGAGCUCCAGCCCCUUUGCAGCCCCUCCCUCAGCCGGGACCCUGCUACCUGCCCCUCACCGGGAUACCGGAGCAGGGAGCUCGGCGUCCUGAGAUGCCCUGUCUGGAGACACGGUAGAGCAUGCCUGGAGCUAGGAGAGGAGCCUGCAACAGGAGAGGCUGCGGCGUCCCGUAGCGAUGCCUCGGAAGGCGGAGAAGUUUCUGCAGAUCGCCCCGCACUCCCUGGCCAUCGUCCUGAGCCCCGGGGCUGCGCUGGAGGCGGAGGAGGGGCGGGAGGACGGAGAGCGGCGGCAGCCGCCGGAGGAGCCGCCUGGCGAUGAGCCGCCCCAGCUCGGGCGCCACCACAUCGGCUAUGAGAUCUUCGCGGACUUCAAGCAGGAGAACAUGCAGCACUUCUGGAACCCGCGCGUGACGGCGGCCGUGGCCGAGACCUUCUUCCUGGGCUGGCUGGACGAGCAGGUGCUGCUGAUCCAGGGCAAGGAGGAGCACCUGGAGGUGCUGCGGGAGGGCUGGACGCGCCGCUCCCUCAAGCCGCCCGCCGGCUUCCGCAUCAAGUGCCUGGGUUCAAUGAAGGAUUCCCUGUACCAGGCUCUUCCUUCUGAUAUAAUGGAUAAACUUUAAUGCAUUUGCCAUUCCUUAAAUUGCACAAAUCUCUGUACAAUGCCAAACCUGUCCUGAGCAAUGAUAAAUAGAUUAUAAAAUUUGCAGUACCUGACUGAGUUUAUCUUGCAUGCUGAGAUAUAUUUCAAGGUAUUACCUUUCUACAAGAUAAGUGCAGCAGUGCAAAGCCACUCUAGUUAACCACUUAAACUUUCUGUGUCUAUUCUUUAUUUAGUGGUGCUGUGCACUGAAAAAGACAAUUUUUAUAAUUUUGCUUUCAACAUAUAUAUCCAGCAAUGUUUACUAUGAACAAAAAUAUUGUGGUUAAGUGCCAAGUUUGUGUUUUGAUUUGGAUUUUAGUAAGUUUUGAGUUUGGUAAGCAGUAGAAACUAUUGACAUUUAAUUGUGAUGUUCCAUUUUAUCUAUAUAUAAUCUCAGUACUUGUUAAACUUUUAAAGGACUAACUAUUUGGAAACCAUGUGUUCAAUAGUCUGUUCACAUUUUCAAAACAUUUACCUCUACAGAAAAAUAAACAAACAUGUAAGCUAUUCAAUUCUGGACAUAUGAGUGAUUUAAAAAAAAAUUGUUACUUUAUAAAGAUGCAUACCAAUUAUUUUAAGAAAUUUGCAAAAAUAGGCCAAACAGGCUGUUAGUUAAUCCAGUAAUUGUAGUAGAUCACAUUUCUUGAAUAUCUUUCUCUUUAGAGAGUGAAAUUAAAACUGUAAAUUAGACAUAUUUUAAAAAAUGCCUAUUGCUGUUUGAAACGUCAGUCACACUUAGUCUGAUUCUGUUUUUUCCACUCAUCCCUCAGGUUCACUUAUAUCACGGGUAGUCAGUAGGCAGAUGACAGGGGAAAUCUGAACUGACAGAUGCUUUUGAACGGAACCAGAAAUCUUUUUAUUUACUUAUUAUUUUUUAUUUUCUCUGGAGUCUGGACCUUGACUAUAGCUUGACCAAGAAAUUUGGACCUUGACAAAAAAUAAUUGACUACCUCUGACUUUUAUAUUGUAGUUUCACAACAAAAAGAUGAAUACAUUGAUGGGGGAACUUCUGAAAACUGACAAGUUUCCAGAUACUCCUAUAAAACAUUAUUAAAUGUGAGUAGUGGCACUUGAAUUAAGGUUUGACCUUUAACUACCCUGCUAGAGUAGUAGUCAGUUAAUUACGACAGAAAUAGUCCAUAGUUUUAUAAUCUGUAGCUCCGAAAAACCCAAAACAUUGUAAUUUGGGUGUUCUGGGUGGCUUGAGUUUGUAUGUGCCAGGAUAGGUAUUUUUAUGGUAAAGAAACAAAGGAUUAGACUAGGAGUGAAUUUCUUUUGCAAUUCAAUAAAUGGCCUUUGAAACUAUAAUUGAUGUGUGUCAUGUUUUGAUGAGUGAAGUUCUAAAUAAUGGUGCCUUUCCCCAAGAGAGAGAUUGUGCAUUCAU